UACUUUCUUAGCUUCUGUGAAUUUUUCAUACGCGGUGUGUCAUGUGACGAAAUAUCUAAAUAAAUAGAUAUAUUACUGUUGAGUGGUUUAAAAAUCUAUUUUAGUGUAGUUUGAUGUAAUUGUAUUUUUUUUUAAAAUUCAAACGUCAACAUAAUAGGAACAAAUAAAAUCUUCAUUCACUCAAGUUGACGAACUAUUUGCUAAAAUUUUGAUGACGUUUUGUACUUCAAUAGGUGGCGCUGUAAUCGAUCUGUGUACGCAUGAAAAAAAGAAUAAUAUCUAAACGAUACACAAGUCGGACACUUGAACACGAAAAAUGUUAAAGUUAUUGACACUUGCUAUAUUUGUUUCAAGCAAUUCAGUCGUUUUCUGCAGACCAAGAACUAAAACUCUAAAUGUAGUUGAACAAUCAAUAUCAAAUUCAAUCAAUGCUGAGAAGUUGUUACCUCCAGAUCAUGUGGAUGCUGUGAAGUUUGAGAAGGAUGGUCAUAUAAACAAAGAUUUCCACAAAGAGGUUUUCCUUGGCAAUCACGAAGAAAUUGAUGACGACCCAAUAGAUAUAGCCGAAGCAAAACUAGUGGAUAUUUUUCACAAAAUAGAUGUGGAUUCAGAUGGUUAUCUAAGUAAAACAGAGCUAGAGUCCUGGAUUGUUGACAAAAUCAAUGCCCAUAUGGAUGAGGCUGUGGAGGAAAAUGAUGAUAUAUUUAGACAUCUGGAUCCUGAUGGAGAUGGCUUUGUUGAAUGGAAAGAAUAUUACAAACACUUCUUACUGGCAAAGGGACAUGAGUUAAAAGAAACCGAGAAAUACCUAGAAGACUACGACACUGAUAUUCUGAAAGAUGAUGAACGUGAUCAGCUUGUACGGUACAAAUUCAAAUGGACUGAUGCUGAUAUUGCUCCUAUUGACAAUAAGCUGGAUAAAUCGGAAUUCUUCAGCUUCCGACACCCUGAACACAGUCCUCAACUGAUCGAAAAUAUGAUUUCUUCUAUAAUUAAUUCAUUAGAUCAGGACAAAGAUGGGAGCCUGACCCUGAAGGAGUUUACCUCUAACCCAGACAGCAUGGGAGACGACCCCGGGUCAGAGAAGGAGAGGGAGGAGGAAAGGGAGGUCAGAAAGAAGGAGUUUAUUUCAGCCAUAGAUAAAAAUAAAGAUGGGGUAGCCACAAAGCAGGAACUGAUGGACUACAUGAAUCCCAGAAAUCCUGAUCAAUCCAAGCAAGAGGCCAAGAACCUGGUAGCUUUAAUGGAUGACAACAAAGACGGAAAGCUUUCUCUAGAAGAAAUCAAGAACCAUAAGGAUGUGUUUAUCAGCAGUAAAAUUGUGAACGUUAAAAGAGUGCUACAUGAUGAAUUCUAGCGGUCAGCUGGAACCUCACUGUGAUAUAUUUUUAUACACUGGUAUAGGAUAUUUAUAUUCUUAAGUUAUUAUAUGAAAUCCAUGGUUGCUUGUCGUUAAUGAUUGUACAGAGAAGUAUUACCAAAAGAGUUUUGAUGUAAACAUAUCAAGUUCUGGGUACAUGUAUGCGACUGUGAAUUAAUACGCCUAUGUAACGGACGGUGACUUGUCAUUAAUGCCAGUUUUUGUGCUUGUAUGAACAAAAAAGUUCUUUAACAUAUGCAUAAUAACAAAUAUGUCUUUUUAACCAUAUAGCAUUUUCACAAGAGAAUGAGGAGUCCUUUUUGCAUAAUUAGCACACUAGUUUUCAUUGGUUAUGUGCAGGUGAAAAAUUUCAUCAGAAAUCAGAAUCAUUGUAUGUACAUGUAUUUUAAUAUUAAGCUUGAGAUCAAAAGGUUGAUGUCGGAUAAAAAUCUAAAUUCAAAUAGUUAGGGGGAGGGGGGGAUAAAAACUCCCAUAAGUUUCUGUCAUCCAACAUCGAUUACACUUCAGUGGAAAAAGACAAGUGCCUGUUAAAAACCACAGAAUAAUAUUAUAUUUAAAAAAAUUUUUAAUAGUUUUAAUGUACACUUUCUUUGGUGAAUAACCAGUAGAAAAGGUAUACAGAGUGUAAUUUAUAAUCGUAUACUUUUACUUGUUAAUCGAUUAAUUUCAACAUUCAUCAUAUUUAAUUUUAGGACGAGCGAGUGAGUCUUAGUGAAAACUAUGUGUAUUUAGUUUUUUGUCAAGACAUUAAACGUUUGAUCUUGUCCCUUAUUACUAUUUGUGUAUCAUUUAAAGUUUUUUGCAGUUAUGAAAACCUGUUACAGUGAGAUAUGAUUUUUAAUCAUGGUUACCAAUGAUAUUUGCUAUAUAUAUUUCUGGAUACAUUCCCCAUAACACUGUAUAUAUACAUUUUCUGUAUGUAUGGAUGUGACACUUUUCAUGUAAACACAUUCUAUAUGCACUGUUGAAUUUUAAUAUGAACAUGAAAUAUAUUCGGUUUUUACUGGUAAGUAUAUGCCUAUAUGUACUCUUUAUAUACAGUGGAACUUCAGUAUCUCAAAUACCAUGGUUAGGUUGAAAUGAUUCAGAAAUCCCAACCACUUAUUCUUGAAGUAUUUUACCCUCGAAUCCUCCGAGAUCUCGCAAGUUUUUUCUCAGUCCCAUUGAUUUUUGAGAUAAUGAGGUUUGACUGUACGUGUAUGUACUAAUAAGUUUAUGAAUAGAAACAAAUUCGAUGUGAACUGAUAGAUGUAUGAAUGUAAAACAUAAUCUACCUACAUGUACUGUUUGUUUAUACAUGUAUGUAAAUAUUUUUUUAAAAACUCUGUAUGAAGUGAUAGGAUUAUGAAUAUGAAAGAUAUUCUGUAUUUACUUAUAAAUCUAUGAAAAUAAGGAAAUUCUAUUGGUAGUGAUAAGUUAUAGAUUUAGAAAAUACAUUCUUUAUGAAAUAGAUUGGAUUAUACACAUAGAAUGAUGAAAAGAUUAAUAGGUGGGUGGGGGUGAGUGUAGACUAAAUUUGUUUACUUGCAAAUGCAGCAUUGCAAAUUAAAUGGAACUUGACAAUGGGGGUAACAAGU